ACCCAGGGAUUGCGGGUUCAAAGAAUAGUUGAGAUGGGUUGGGUAACAAAGUUGUUCCUAGGGCUUAUACCACUGGUGGUCGCUAAUCAGGUUUAUUAUUAUCCUUUACCCUCGUUCUAUCAUGUACCAGUAGUUCCUCUUGUACCACAAUCCUACCUUGUACUGCACCCACAGCUAAAUCUACCAACAGCUCAUGGAAAUAGGAAACAUGAGGGUGUAUCAACAGCUAAUUACCAUGGAGAUUGUGCUGACACUACACCAAACUGGCAAGAGUGGGAAUCAGGAGCAACUGCUAAUUUUAGGCUGAAGCGACCAGCUUCUAGAGUUGAUGAUGAGGAGAGCUGGAAGGUAGAACUUAUCUGGGAUAAUGAUGUUGAAAACCUUGAAGUAUAUAAUGGAUUAGCAGAUUCAAAAACAGGAAAUUCCUUCAGGAUCUCCCCCACAGCCUGGAGCACUAAGACAGCAGGAGGAAAUGAAGAUGAAAUAAACUUCAGCAUUAAAGCAAACUUUAACAAAAACCUUCCUCGUCCAGGACUGAAAGCAGUUACAUAUGACGGAGUUCGUCAUGAAUGCAAACCAGGAGCAUCAAGAUCUUCUGUUGUUACAACAAAGGGUGCUCGAUUAGGAAACCAUGUAACCUGGCCUAAGAAGAUUUUAGGAUUGUAUAUUCUUCUAGCUGAUGAUGAUGAGGAUGGUUAUGAUAGCAACGCAGACUGGGAACCCCAGCUGUUUGACUGGCAACAAGAAGCUUCUAAUGUUCUUUUCUUUACUUUCAUACAUCCUGAUACAAUGGAGAUCCCUCCUUCCUUCCAGAAGCUGGCAGCAAGCAGAGGAACUGACCAGCCUGGAGCAGUUCCUAAAGAUACUGUUAUCAUGUUUGCUAUCGGAGGAUAUGCCUACUCUCUGAAACCCAACCCCUGGCAUUGGUUGACCUCUAAGGAAGCAGCAGAAAAAAUGGCUGAAAAGGUCUCCACCUGGCCUGAGAAGUAUGGAUGUGAUGGCAUUGAUCUAGAUCUGGAGGAAGGAGCUGGAGCAAAGAAAGAAGCUGGGCCCAAUAUGAUUCAUUUCAUUCGAAGAUUGAAAGAGUUGAGUCCUAAUAUGAUAGUUAGUCAGCCAGCUUACGGUUAUCCACAGGUUCAAGCUGAAUCUGAUGUGAUCAAUGCUUCCUGGGAUACUGAAGGAAACCAUCAAGGUUUGGCUGAUUCUAUCGGACUUAUGGUUUACGAAGGAACUCAGGCUCUUCAAUAUGUGAAAAAUUAUGCCAAGGGCUCCCAACAAUGGCAAGGAUUUCCCAUAAAGGUGAAUGCCCCCACUAGUACUAUACUGCUUGGUGCUAAAGGUUCAUCUAGUUCUGCUGAUAUUAACAAGCUGGCCAAUGCUGCUGUGGAUGAUGAUAUUCUUGGUAUAAUGGUUUGGUAUGCUUCAGUUAAGAACGGGUUUGAUUAUUCCCCUUUCUGGGACGCAUCGACCAAGAACGACAGUAUUGAAGGGUACAAGGCGGCCAUGAAGCUGUUUAACAAAGCUAUGUCCUCUGCCAAGACUGUUGAUGCACCUGCAGUGGAGGUUGAGGUUGUUAAUGAAGGUGUGACCUCCUCUGAAGAGGUGUCUACGGAGCCUGCAGAGGAUGUAGUUAAGAUUAUCUUAGAAUAGUUCUUGAAGUUAUUAAGAACUUUGUUAUUUACAAAUGUAUGGAAUAUUUCCACAAACAAAUUUUUGAAAUAAACGAAAUGCACAAAUAAAAAAUAGAAUGUUUU